CCACUCCAUUCUGUCAAUUUCUUCUAACCUUUAUUCAUCUCUCUAACUCAACUUCACCAACUCUCUUCUUCCCUUAAAUCUAAUUAACUGGCUCAUAUGUUUAUAUAGAAAUCACCUCAUGCCACCUUGUUCCACAGCAAACCCUACUUCCCCAACAAUGGCUUCAUUCAAAAACUCAAUCUCAAUCUUCAUUUUCGUGUUCCUUUUCAUCACCUCAAGCUCCCAUUCAGCUUACAGCAGCGGCUACAACAGCGUCGUAAACGAAUACUUAGCUCCUCAAAACGCUGCGCGAGCAGCGGUGAGGAUGCGGCCGUUGCAGUGGGAUUCGAAGGUGGAAGACUACGCCAAGUGGUAUGCGAAUCAGCGGAAAGAUGAUUGUGCGUUGCAGCAUUCGAAUGGACCGUACGGGGAGAAUAUUUUCUGGGGGAGCGGCGACGAUUGGAAGCCGGCGCAAGCGGUGGCUUUGUGGCUGUCGGAGAAGAGUUCGUAUGAUUACUCGUCGAAUUCGUGCGACGGGGGGAGUGACUGUGGGCAUUAUACACAGAUUAUUUGGGGAAGAACAAGGAGAAUCGGAUGUGCCAGAGUGGUUUGUGAGGAUGACAAAGGCGUUUUCAUUACUUGUAACUAUGAUCCUCCUGGUAAUUUUAUUGGAGAGAGGCCUUAUUAAAUUAUCAGAACCACGACAACUUUGAUAAAGAAACAUGAAGAAGAUGUUUGAUGGUGAAUAGUGCUUGUGUCAUGUAAAUGGCCUUGUGAGACCGACUUUUUGAAUUAUUUUCAUUUCAAGUAUGAUUUUAUUAUAUUAAUAUUGUGAAAUCACGCGGAUUUUUGUCUCACAAAAGCCAGAGUACUAAAAUAAAUGCAGAUUGUUUUGUCUUUUUGGCCAUAAGCCGCGAAGAACAGGCCGACUUAUGUUUUAUAAUUAUUAUUAUUUUGCUAAA